CGUCCGUGCAGCGCAGCCACCCUGGGCGAUUCAGCUCUCCCAGGCGGAAACCAACUUGGCCUCAUCCAUUCUCACAUGCGCUAACGACGACAAUGCCACAGGUGCGCCAGCUACUCGGCCUGCUGCUGCUCAGCGUGCUGGCUCUGCUGGCGGUGGCCAAGGACAAGCCCGACGUCGACGAGUUCAACUUCCACUCGCGGCCAGCCAACCUGCUGUACUUUGAGGACAGCGAUGUCAUCCUCGCCACCAACCCCGACACGCUGGUCACCUUCCGCUCUGACGAUGGCGGAAAGCGGUGGAAGGAGCUCGAUGGCGUGGCUACCGGCGAGGUCAUGGAAGUCCUGAAGCACCCUUACGAUAGCCACGUCGCUGUGGUGCUGGGCACCAAGAAGACGCACUGGAUCACACACGACCGCGGCGAGCACUGGCGGGCCUUCACCUCGCCCAUGCACCCUACGCUCAGUCGUGCUGGGAUUUCCUUCCACGCCACCGAUCCCGAUCGGAUGCUGUUUAAUGCGCAGAAGAACGCCGGCUUCUCACGAGAGGAUCUCGUCUACUACACCAAGGAUGCAUUCAAAACCGACAUGGAAUUGCUGCACAAGGACGUGUUCUCGUGUCUAUGGGCCAAGAGCACCGAAAUCUUCACGACCGGCGAUGAACGCAGCGACCGCGACGGUGUCCUCUGCAUUGCCCGUGGCCAGUUCGAUUUCUUCAAGUCCCACAACCGCCUCAUCAUGUCGAGCGACUUUUUCGACAAGGAGGAGGUCGAACCGACAAUGAGCGAUGGAAGGACAGUCGAGGGCAUCACCAACUUGGCCGCCGUCAAGAGCUAUUUGGUGAUUGCUGCAAAGAGCGAGCGGACCACUGAAAUGGCCAUGUACGUUUCGGACGAUACGAAAAUGUGGCAUCGAGCCGAGUUCGGCCAGCAUAAGCUCGAGGAAGAUGCGUAUACCCUUUUGGAAAGCACAAACUACAGCAUGCAGGUGGACGUAAUGACCACUGAUCGAUCGGACCCCAUGGGAGUGCUCUUGACGUCAAACAGCAACGGAACCUUCUUCACCAAGAACAUCGAACAUACGAAUCGCAACGAACAGGGUUUCGUCGAUUUUGAGAAGAUGUCGAAUAUCCAGGGAAUAGUCAUGGUCAAUACCGUGGACAACUGGAAGGAUGUUGAGACGAAGUGGGGCACAAAGAAGAAGGUGGUUUCACAUAUCUCGUUCGAUGAUGGUAGAACGUGGGAAGACCUGAAAGCCGAUGGCAAGACACUCCAUCUACAUUCGGUCACUGGGCAACGUAACAUGGGUCGGAUCUUUAGCAGUCCAGCGCCUGGCCUGGUCAUGGGUGUCGGCAACACCGGUUCGUCUUUGGGCGAUUACGAUGACGGUGACCUUUAUGUGUCGGAUGAUGCUGGCCUUACGUGGGAGAAAGCUCUCUCAAAGCCUCAUAUUUACGAGUUCGGCGCACAAGGAUCUAUACUGGUCGCCGUGGAAGAUGCAGAGACCAACAAGAUCAAAUGGUCUCUCAACUACGGCAAAGACUGGGAAACUACAGAGCUCGAGGACAAGUUCAGGCCGCUUGGGCUCACUACCACGCCCGACUCGACAUCCUUGAAAUUCCUCAUGAUAGCUAUGAAGAAUGUCGACUCCAAGAAGGAGCACUUCACCUACGCGCUCGACUUCAACGGCUUGCAUGAGACCAAAUGCAGUGGCAGCGACUUCGAGAAGUGGCCAGCACGCAAAGACAAAGACGGCAAAGCUUCUUGCAUUAUGGGUCAUAAGCAGUUUUUCCAGCGACGGAAAGCGAACGCCAAGUGCGUUGUUGAGAACAAGGAUUUCACAGACCCAGAAGAGAAAAGAGAGAAUUGCGAAUGCACGGAGCAAGACUUCGAAUGUGAUUUCAACUUCAAACGGGAAGACGGCAAGUGUGUUAAAAGUGGCCCAAUCGUGCCUCCCUCAGGCGUAUGCGACGGAAAAACAAAGACGUUCAAGGGUACUUCAGGUUACCGACUGAUACCUGGCAACACCUGCGAAGGAGGUGUGGAUCUGGCCAAAGAGGUCGAGCGCGACUGUACAGACACAGCCUCGCCCCCAGCUUCGGGAAAGAUAUCCACGGAAGUACGGAAGUUCAAAGGUGACAGAUUCAUCGAGUAUUAUUACAUGGAACGACUCGAGACCAACAAGGGCAAUAACAAGGAGAACGACGAGACCGUCCUUUUGCGCACCGACCGACGUGAAGUCUGGAAGACACACGAUCAUGGGAAGAAAUGGGAACAGAUUCUCGAGGAUGAGGAAAUCCUGGCGAUCUAUCCACACCAGUACAUUAACGAUAUUGUCUACUUCAUCACACCGAGCAAGAAGGUUCAUUACUCCAAAGAUUUCGCUCAGAGCCUCCACUCUUUCGAAGCUCCCGAAGGUCCAAACCAGGAUCGCAUACAGGUCCUGACCUUUCACCCCCAGGAGAAAGACUGGCUGAUCUGGACCGGGGGCCGAGAGUGCAAGUCAGACGCCGAUUGCCAGACCAUCGCUCAUGUGUCGAGGAAGGGCGGUGAUGACUGGGAGACACUUAUCCGCGGUGUAAGGAAGUGUCAAUUCGUGUAUCGAGAAGACAGGCCCAAAUCGGAUCAACUCAUCUAUUGCGAACAGCACACAGACGAGAGCAAAACCAGCCCGUUGGUCCUCAUGAGUAGCGACGACUGGUUUAGUCACAAAACCGAGCUCAAGAGAGAUGUUGUCAACUUCGCCACCAUGGCCGAAUUCAUCGUCGUUGCAGUCCGGGAUGAAACAGAGCAGUCUCUGAGAGUGGAUGCAAGUAUCGAUGGUGUUACCUUUGCGGAAGCCAAGUUCCCUGCCAAUUUCAAGGUGGAUCAUCAAACGGCCUAUACCGUGCUUGACUCAAGCACCCAUGCAGUGUUUUUGCACGUUACUGUUAAUGACCGUAAAGGGCAAGAGUAUGGCAGCAUCAUCAAGAGCAACAGCAAUGGUACCUCAUACGUCUUGUCUGCUGCCGAGGUCAACAGGAAUGAGGAAGGCUAUGUCGACUUCGAGAAGAUGCAGGGGUUGGAGGGUGUUGCGAUCAUCAAUCGCGUUGCAAACCGCAAAGAAGCUGAUGGCGGAAGUAGCAAGAAGCUGCAGACUUUCAUCACGCACAACGACGGAGCAGACUGGGCUCUAAUCGGCCGUCCAGACGAUCCACCGAAAGAGAUUGGCAAGCCAUUCGAGUGCCAAGGCAAAAGCAACCAGCGGUGCAGCCUGCACUUACAUGGCUACACGGAACGCAAAGACCCAAGAGAUACAUACAGCUCACCCAGUGCCGUGGGUCUGAUGCUGGGUACUGGCAACGUUGGCGAAUAUCUUGGUAGCAAGGAGGAAGCUAACACUUUUAUCACGCGCGAUGGAGGUAUCAUCUGGCAUAUGAUUGCCGAAGGCAACUGGAUGUGGGAAUACGGCGACCAAGGGUCCAUUAUCGUCAUCGUCAAGGAAGGGGAGCCCACUGGCGAAGUUCGAUACACACUUGAUGAAGGUCAGACUUGGCAUACGCACGACUUUGGCGAGACCAUGGUUGUCCAGGACAUCACGACAGUGCCUAGCGACACGAGUCGAAACUUCUUGCUGUGGGGCAAGAUCGGAAGUUCAAUUGCGACGAUCAACAUCGACUUCAGCGGCAUGACAGAACGAUCGAAACAGUGCAAGCUUGACGAGCAGCGACCCGAGUCGGAGGACAGUGAUUAUGAUCUGUGGUCGCCGUCUCAUCCUUUCUCGGAAGAAAAUUGUCUCUUUGGGCAUGUUGGACAGUACCAUCGCAAGAAGCCUGAACGCGAUUGUUUCAACGGCAAGGAGAUCAAGCAUCUUCACAACAUUGCAAAGAACUGUUCCUGCGCGCGCAACGAUUUUGAGUGUGACUUCAACUACCAGCGAGACGGUAACGGUGCAUGUACUCUCGUCGAGGGUCUCAGCCCCCCUGAUCCUGCGGAAGUAUGCAAAAAGAAUCCCGACCUCAUCGAGUUCAACCAAGUCACCGGGUAUCGCAAGAUUCCUCUCUCCACGUGCGAGGGAGGCAGAGAGCUCGACAAGACAUCGAACCCAUAUCCAUGUCCCGGGCACCAAGAAGAGUUCAAGAAGAAGCACAGUGUCAGCGGAGCGGGUCUCUUCUUUGCCAUUGUUCUUCCCAUUGCAGCCGCGGCAGGAGUGGGCUACUGGGUUUGGAAGAAUUGGGAUGGCAAAUUCGGACGCAUCAGGCUCGGCGAUACUGGGUACGGUGGCGGAGGAGCCUUUGACAGUGAGGCUCCAUGGGUCAAGUACCCGGUUAUGCUCAUUUCAGGCGUUGUCGCACUCGUGGCCACAUUACCCAUGGUCGUUGGCAGUUUGUGGAAGACACUUGCGACCAGAUUCGGACGAAGUGGCGGGUAUGGGUAUUCGCGGACUUACACGACGCGUAGCAGCUUCCAGAGAGGAAGAGGCGAUUACGCUGUUGUAGAUGAAGACGAAGGCGAGCUCCUAGGAGAGGACAGCGACGAAGAUGUUUAGAUAUGUCUUAUAGACUUUACGAUUGGACCAUGUGUAGGAUAGCUUCUUCAAUCACGAUUGUGCAGACACUAGCAGGCAACCCAA